AUGCCUUCUCACAAACCUAGUAGUGGAAGUAUUUUUGAGUGGAAAAAGAUGGAUUCAAAUGUGGAGGAAAAACCACCAAAGAUCAAUAUACACAUCCCAAAUUUAGAUAUGACAAAUUCUUGCAAGAAACAAUCUCAACCGCCUUUGUCACCAACAUUGCAACAACCGGAAGUAAGAAAAUCUUCAAGUGGAAGGUGGAAUUGUCUAUGUUCACCCACCACACAUGUUGGCUCAUUCAGGUGCCGACACCAUAGAUCUGGGUCUGGUGGAAUGUUUCGCGGUAGAUCUGUUGGAUCCAACCUCGUUGAAUUGGGGAAUAAAGCUGGUCCCAUCAGCGACUCGCUCCAUGCUCAGUAG